ACAACCUAAAUUAUCCAAACCGGAUAAAAACGGUGCUCAGUUGCACAACCCCAAAAAAAGUCCAGACCUAUCGAAGCUAACGACUGUGAUCUCCAUGGAAAUGGAGAUCGAUUCUCCUCUGCAACCAGAACGCCAAUUCAAAGCCGAAGAUCUCUUCAAGGCAGCCGAAACCGGCGAUUCCUUGGCGUUUCAGGCUCUUUCCAAGGAGCAGCUUUCGAAAUCUUUUUCGCUGCGGAACGAGGACGGCCGGUCCCUCCUCCACGUCGCGGCCUCCUCAGGUCAAGUCGAGGUGGUGAAGAUACUAUCAGAUGUUGAUCAAGCAGCGAGUGUGGUAAACAGUGCUGAUGAAGAAGGCUGGGCACCACUACAUUCUGCAGCUAGCAUUGGGUAUUCAGAAAUUGUGGACAUUUUGCUAAACAUAGGAGCUGACAUUAAUUUAAAGAAUGAUGGUGGUCGUACUGCUCUUCACUAUUCUGCCAGCAAGGGGUGGUUAAAGAUUGCUGAAAUUCUGAUCUCUCAUAGGGCAAAGAUUAAUCUAAAGGACAAGGUGGGUUGCACCCCAUUGCAUAGGGCAGCAAGCACUGGGAACUCAGAGUUGUGUGAACUUUUGAUUGAGGAAGGAGCUGACAUAGAUGCUGUUGACAAAUCUGGUCAGACUCCGCUUAUGACUGCAGUGAUUUGCCAUAACAAAGAGGUAUCUCUUCUCCUAGUAAGGCAUGGAGCAGAUGUAGAUGUGGAAGACAAGGAAGGAUACACAGUACUUGGCAGAGCUUCUGUGGAUUUUAGACCAAUAUUGAUAGAUGCUGCUAAAGCCAUGCACGAAGGGUGACACAUUUGAAAUCCUCGGCACUGAAGGAUUCUUUGAUGAAGAUUUAUCGCGUGUAGAAUCCAUGUUUUAAGUCCCGGAAAAGAAAUUUACGGACCGUCCAAUGGGUGUUCAAAGUGUCGAUUUCAUAGUUGAUAACAUUAACAGGAUGAAGUAAAAUAAGAAGUUUCCCAUGAAUCGAGUAUUAGUAUGUUAACUUUAAUUCACCACUGGUUUUUUGAGUUUUAACACGCUACAACAGCAAAUUUGGAUUUGACUCGAGGUAAUAUCUUAGAUGUGUGAAUUUUGGAAUACUUUCAAGUCUCAGUGAAUAUAAAAAGAAUUUGGAAUACACGGUUAAAUUUUGGAAAAUUUACAUAAUUCACUGGUAGAUCAAACAAGAACUUGAAAUGUACGGUUGAGCUAUUGAAUAUGAUAUACUAUUUUAAUAAAUGUCGUUCUUUUUUCUUUUA